AUGUGUGCUAAAAUGGCUUUUCAGCAUCAGGCUGGCACGGCUAUGGAGUGUUUAAGUAUUCCUAUCACUCUUCAAAAAGAAUCCGGCUUAGAUUGUGAAGGAAGAAAAGUACUUAAAUGUGGUUUUAAAAUAGGAGGCGGAAUUGAUCAAGAUUUUAGAAAAAGUCCUCAGGGCUAUACAGAUAAUGGCAUUUAUGUGACUGAAGUACAUGAGGGAAGUCCGGCAGCAAAAUCUGGACUUAGAAUGCAUGAUAAAAUAUUACAGUGUAAUGGAUAUGAUUUUACAAUGGUUACGCAUAAAAAAGCAGUUACUUAUAUAAAAAAGCAUCCUGUAUUAAAUCUUCUCGUCGCUAGAAAAGGUGUUACAUCUACAUGA